GUCAAUUUGUUAUUUGACAAAAUAAAAUGUCGGUGUUAAAGCAUGCUGAAAUCCACAAGAAGAUUACAGAGAAAGAAGCAACACUUGAAUCAGAGUUCAUAGGGCCGUUAAAUCGGUACAAUGAAGAGAACCACAGGAUCUUCAACAGAAAGAGUGAACAGUUCAAAGAAGCGGUACGACAAUUGACCAGAUUGAACGAAGAGACUUUUAAUAUUAAUAGAAAGAGGUUGCAGAAUGACUACAGAGCUUUGGUCAAUUGCGAUUUCCUUGAAGAUGAUACUGGUGAAGAGAUAUCAGUACCAGAUGAACACACGCCAGUAUGUCUGAGAAAAAGACCAGUAAGACAGAUUGAUGAAAAAGUUACGAAAAAACAAUUCGUAUGCACCAUGGAACCUUGGUUCAAAAGAUACUCGAUUUUGAACAAGUUUAUCCAAGCAACUAGGGUUGUGAUUAUACAGAACAGACUGAGGAAAAAUUUGGAAAAGCUAAAGGUGCUGGAUGAGAAAAAGAUAACUGAAUUUGAAGAUAUAGGUUUCAGAUAUAUCAAUGUUAGCUAUCCUGAACUAUUCGAAAAGUUUCUCAAAUAAUCGUGGAUACAAUGAAGUAUUAUAUAGAAUUUGUUAUAAACCAUGACGCAAUAUGGAACUGUAUCAACUUUCUGAGAUUAUACUUUUUCGUUGGC